UACUUACAUACUUACUUACAUACCUACCUACCACUGUCGACAAACAUCUUCAACUCCUCUCUUCCCCAAGUUCACCAGUUCACCUCACAAACAAAACUGGGAAGGACACCGCACUCGUUGCACACACAAAACCCCAAUGAUGAUGACCAUAGACGCCAACCAGCACCGUUUUGCACCGCUAAACUACGACCACAUGUCUUAUCAAUCGAGCCAGCCACACUUCACCAACCCUUGGGGUUCGUCCUCGGGUCCUGGAGGGCCGCCUCCUCCUCCUCCUCAGCAGCCCGCUCCUCAGAACAUGUACAUCAACAACCGUGACAGCGCCGGCCUGCCGCAUCUUAACCUCGCUGCACUCCCCAAGCGUCAGCACGACGUCAGGAACGGAAGUGUAUGGCCUCAUCAACCUGCUGCUCCCGGCCCCGUCACAACUGCGCCAGCAGGUAGCGCUCCCAUGGCGGAUGUCUAUAGGCAGCAGGACUUACUCUCUAUGCCACAAGAUCAUCUCCUAGGUCUCAACCGCAUGCCUCACCCAACCACCUCGACAGCAUAUGAUACCUCCGCCUACACCACCUCUGCUUCCCCUGUUAGCACCAACUAUCCUCCUUCGACAUCACAGUAUGAGCUCGGUUACCCACCCGCCACCAUGAGGGGGGCCUUUGGCAUGGCUCCUGAUGACACUGCGAGGAGGUAUUCACAGCAGGGAAUUCAACCUGAUGACCGGAGAAGCUUUCAAGAUGCGCUUGAAGCUAGCCAAGGCAUGCUUACCAUGAGCCAAGAGACACCAAGGAAUAUCUACGAUGUGCGAAACCGUGCUAGGGGUUCUACAGACUCGUACGGCUUCCCUCAGACGCACUCCACGGGCUCUAGCGUUUCUUCUGCGAGCUUUGGCGGGUACUAUGGCGGUUCAGUCGAUGGGUCGAUCAGCGAUUAUUCGACCGCAGGCUCUGACAUUGAGUCGCUCUCUGGCCGGUCACUUCCUCGCCCUCAAGGCUUGAUGUCGAGCCAGCCCCCGGCACCACAGUCUAUGAUGGGCUCCUUCAGCUCCAAGGUCUCAACAAGUACCUCGAAGAAGCACAAGUGCAAGGUUUGCGACAAGCGCUUCACACGGCCUAGCUCACUCCAGACCCACAUGUAUAGCCAUACUGGUGAAAAGCCCUUCCACUGCGAAGUUGAGGGAUGCGGUCGCCAAUUCUCAGUUGUGUCUAACCUCAGGAGACACAAGAAGGUCCACAAGCCCCAGAGCGAGACGCCAUCUGAGACUGGUUCCGAAGCGGGCCAACAGUCGGAAUAAACUAACCAGUGCAUCUUGCGGAAGUCUUCUUUUUUAACAUUAUGCCCCUCGAUAGACUACACACUUUAAUUGUCAACAUUCACUACAUGUAACACUAUCGGCACUGGAACCCCCCAGCAUAUCACACCACGGUCUAUAUCGAUCCCGGAAAAAAAUGGAUUCGAAAUCGACAUAAACAAAUGCGACUCGCUACCGCCUACCAAGUACACGAAUGGGGUCGGCGGUACCCGCUCUGCAUCUCAUAGACUUACGUUUUGGCAAGGAGGGACAGCAG